AUGCAUGAGAUUAAGACAAAAGAUGGCUACAUUAACGUGGACGAAAAACAGGAAAGACACCUUUUUUAUUACUUUGUGGAAGCAGAAACCGAUCCUGAUUCAAAGCCUCUUGUUCUCUGGUUAAACGGAGGGCCCGGCUGCUCGUCUCUUGGAGGUGGAGGAUUAACUGAAAAUGGUCCAUUUCGACCAAGUGGGGAGGUGUUGGUUAGAAAUAACUACAGCUGGAAUAAAGUUGCAAAUAUGUUGUACUUGGAAUCACCAGCUGGAGUUGGAUUUUCAUAUUCUACUAAUAAAUCCUUCUACAAUUAUGUUAACGACGAAAUCACAGCUAGCGAUAACCUCUACUUCCUAGAGAAGUGGAUUAACAGAUUCCCAGAAUACAAGAAUAGAAUAUUAUACAUCACUGGAGAAAGUUAUGCAGGGCAUUAUAUUCCACAACUGGCUAUACUCAUUAUUAAAACAAGAGCUAAAAUGUUCAACCUCAAAGGAAUUGCAAUAGGAAAUCCUCUUUUGGAAUUCGAUACAGAUUUGAACUCGGUACCCGAGUUUUGGUGGAUUUUGGACCUUUGUUCAUCCGAGAUAAGUCAUUUUGUGGAUCAAUAUGAUGUCGCUCUUGAUGUUUGUCCGUCGCCUGCUAUGUUUCAAGCUCAGAAAUAUGAGUCGAAGAUAGAUGUAUGUGUAGAGGAUGAAACGUACGUGUACCCGAACAGAAAAGACGUGCAAAAGGCUCUUCAUGCUCGUCUUUUUGGAGUUAAGGAAUGGGGCAUGUGCAGUGAGUGAUUGUUUCCUCUCACUUCAAUUGAAAAUAUACAGAGUUUCACAAUUUGAUGCCACAUAGAUAUUGCCAAUGAAAAAAAAAAUAACUUUUUAACCACUUGAAAUAGAACAAUUUUUUCCUAAAAAAUAAGAAUAAAAAUCUAUUUACCGACAUCAGAAACUUGUUUUCUAACAUCUUUC